ACCCCGUUUUCGGGAAGGUCUUCACCCUGGACUACUACUUUGAGGAGGUGCAGAAGCUGCGUUUCGAAGUCUAUGAUAUCCACGGGACCCACAGUAUCGGCACUCGUGACGACGACUUCCUGGGGGGCAUGGAGUGCACCCUGGGCCAGAUAGUGGCCCAGAAGAAGAUGGUGAAGCCUCUGUUUCUGAAAUAUGGGAAAUAUGCCGGGAAAUCCACCAUAACGAUUCACGCAGAGGAGAUUUCAGGGAACAAUGGAUAUGUUGAACUUUCCUUCAGUGCAAGAAAACUAGAUGAUAAGGAUCUCUUCAGUAAAUCGGAUCCCUUUUUGGAGAUAUACCGGAUCAACGACGAUGAAUCGGAGCAACUCGUCCACAGAACUGAGGUGAUCAAGAACAACCUGAACCCGGUGUGGGAGCCCUUUAAAGUGUCGCUGAUCUCGCUGUGUAGCUGCGAUGAGGACAGGAAGCUGAAGUGUCUCGUCUGGGACUACGACUCCCGGGGGAAGCACGACUUCAUCGGCGAGUUCUACACCACGUUCCGCGAGCUGCAGACCAUCUCGGGCGGGGACAAGGUCACGUGGGAUUGCUUAAAUCCAAAAUACAAGCUGAAGAAGAGGAACUACAAGAACUCUGGUGUGGUCAUUCUCAAUGACCUCAAGCUCCACCGGGUCUACUCCUUCCUGGACUACAUCAUGGGCGGAUGCCAAAUCCAUUUCACAGUGGCCAUCGAUUUCACCGCAUCCAACGGGGACCCACGAAACAGCUGCUCCCUGCACUACAUCAACCCCUACCAGCCCAACGAGUAUCUGAAGGCCUUGAUCGCGGUGGGGGAGAUUUGUCAGGAUUAUGACAGUGACAAAAGAUUUUCUGCUCUGGGCUUUGGGGCGAGAAUUCCACCAAAUUAUGAGGUCUCUCAUGACUUCGCGAUCAAUUUCAACCCCGAGGACGACGAAUGCGAGGAGAUCCAGGGCGUCGUGGAGGCCUACCAGAACUGCCUCCCCAAGAUCCAGCUCUACGGGCCCACCAACGUGGCCCCCAUCAUCAGCAGACUGGCCAAGGUGGCAGCGGGGGAGGAGGUCACCAAAGACGCCUCACGCUACCACAUCCUGCUGAUCCUGACGGACGGCGUGGUGACGGACAUGGCGGACACGCGCGAGGCCAUCGUGCGCGGCUCCUACCAGCCGCUGUCCAUCAUCAUCGUGGGCGUGGGCAACGCCGACUUCACCGACAUGCAGAUCCUGGACGGGGACGACGGCGUGCUGCGCUCCCCGAAGGGGGAGCCCGUUCUGCGGGACAUCGUGCAGUUCGUGCCCUUCAGGGACUUUAAAACGGCCUCUCCUGCCGCCCUGGCUAAGUGUGUCCUGGCAGAGGUGCCCAAGCAGGUGGUGGAGUACUACAGCCACAAGGCCUUUGCGCCCAAAUUCCCCAUCGCGGACUGGCCCAACUCCAUCCCACACACCCCGGAGUAAGAGAGGAGCAGCUCCCUCCGCACGCCCCAGCCUUCCAGGUGAGAGGGGGGUGGCAGGAGUGUUCCAGAAAAAUAUGAAAGGAAGUUAAAAAAAAUUGUGGUGUAACAUGGUGACAUUUGGGCAGACGUCCAGACUUUUCCAGAAGGACCACAGGACUCUGAGACCCUCUGAGACCCCUGCCACACGCCACUCCUUUCUCCCUCUUUCUGCACGUUUUUCCGGACUGUCCCGUUUUUAUAAUGCCUGCAAACUCUUCCGUCUCUCCCCACACCUCCUUCAUAUCCCCUGCUUUUUAUUCUUCUUUCUGAGCUCCCUGAUGCGCGGACUACUGCAGAUCCAGCUCGGAUAUCAAAACGGAUGUAAUGUCAACAACGUUAUUCUUUGGUUAUUAAAGAAAAAAACAUGUACAAUGUUAUUCGGGAAAAAAGGGAAUAUAUUUAUAGAAACACUGUGUUUCUCCAAGAGGACAGCAUGUCCCCAUUCUCACUGGAUGAUUCCACUUGGACUACAGAACGACUGUAACAAUAUCGUCAAACUUUGUCAUUUCAAUUUAUGUAUUUAUGUAUUUAUUUAUGUAUAUUAUUAUAUAUUAUAUUAUCAAAAAAUAAGGGGAAUGUUGACCAGUGGCUUUACAUUUUUGCGUUUGUGUUUGUCCAUGUAUAUAACUUAAAACAAUUUAAAAUGUACAUAAUUUAAAGUAAGUUCCAAAAACCCUGAUGUUCAAAACCACCCUUUCUUACUGAACAAAGAGGAGUGUACAACUCAAAACAUGGAAUAUACUGAUCGAAUGAACAGAUCUGUAAACUGUUAUGUCUUUCGGAAUGCGUGUGAAAGUAGUUUCUUAACUUAUUCAGGAUGUUUCUUCUGUAGUAUUUUGGUGGGAAUGGUCAGGUGGGAAUGGUUCUGACUGCAUUUUCAUUUAAAUAAUGAUGAAGCGUAUUAGUGUGACUUGUUUGUUUUAUUUUGGCAUGUUUCCUGAAUGUCCUUUCUUUGUACUUUGUUAUGCAAUGCCUGUCUGAGGAAAGCUAUUCAGCUGACUUGAGAGUCUGACCGAAUGUUCUCUUUGGAAAGAAACCAAUCACUCUCCAACACGGUGACCUGGCGACUGUAAACAGAUGAUGGACAUUGUAGAUGAAAAUUCUCUUCAUUUGAUUUGCCUAUGAUUCAUAAUGCAACCUUUGAUAAUGCAACUUGAACAAUCAAAUGAUAUGCUACUGUGCUGUUUCGCUUCUGAGCUCCUGUUCUUUAUAUGAUUGUGUAUGACAUUUCAGUGCAUAAGGCAUUGCAAACACAAGUGCUGGUGUUACCCAUUUUCAGAGGCCUCUAUAGUCUGUACACAGGGACAGGAAAUCAGAAAGACUUUUGAUGUACAUUCCCUCAAGAGUGCCUAGCUCAUUAUCAAGUCAUCUCUGGAAUUAAAUGGACAGCUGUGGGAAUUCUUUUUUUUACAGUGCAUUGUGUUACACAGGCACACAACAUAUAAUGCACAAAUCAUGUAUUUCAUACGUUUGUACUUUGAAGACCUGGAGCCUGUAUAAUGAAGCAGGAUUGUUGAGUUGAGCUGGAUAAGUGCAC